CCGGGCCGGUUCUAUACCUAAAUCGGUUAGGCCUAAAUGACCGGCUGAUCCGCUCUUCUUCUUCUUCUUUGCAUCUCCGUCGCCGAGCCCUAGACGUUACUCAGGGCGGGACCAUGUUUCGCCACCUCAAACCCCAAACGAGAACCCUAAUAAGCCCCACUUCUCGAUCUCUCCCAUGCUUCUGUUCUUCUUCGUCCUCCUCCUCCUCGCCCUCCCCUCUGCCACCUGACCAUGACUCAUCCGUUGAUAGCGAUUCUCUUCCGUCUGAUCGCACAGAAACUAGUGGAUCUUCACCUACAUCUCCUCCCUCCUACACUUCCUACUUUAGUGAAAUUAAGGAGCGGCUCAAGUCCCUUCCAGCACAGCCUCGCCGCAUUCCCAGAGAUCCCCCGCCUCCCCCUGCAUUUUCCGCUGCCACUAAGUCCCCGCCGGCCGCUUCCCUCGAGGAGAUUCGAAAACAUCUCGCCGAAUUCCGGCUUAAAUCCGGCGGGUCUGCUUCUGGUGACCGCCCUUCCUCCGGCUCUCCGCUCUCGUUCCAGGAUCUUCUCAAGAACAAUGUUUUUGGAAAACCCAGUUCCAGUGACGGAACCACUGGUCCCGAUGCUGGAAAGGCUUUUCCAUUCGAUUCAAUCAGGGAGAGCCUCAAGAAGUUCAGGGCUUCAUCCCGUGAAACUGAGGGCCAAGCACGGAGCUCCAGCUUCAACAUCAGAGCUUUCCAGGAUGGCGUGAGGGAGGGGCUCGGGGAGAGUGGGAGGGGUCCACAACUCAUCGGCACUGACAAGUUACCUGAUUCGAUUUUUGGGAAAGAGAGGAGAGAGAAGAAGGGGGAAGGGGAAGAAGGGGAGUCAAAAGUUCUGAGGACGGAGUUUGUGAAGAUGUAUGGUUAUGAAGAACUUGGAGAGAAGUUGCAGAGACUAAGGCCGGAAAAGGAUGGGAAAAAGGGGGAGUGGUUUUCACUUACUGAAUUGAAUGAGAGGCUCGCAAAGCUUAGGGAGUUGGAGGAGAAGGAGACAGAAUCCAAGAUGGGUGGAGUAUCCAUUAGAGAUCUCAGGGAGAGCCUUCAGAGGCUCAAGGAUUCAAAUGCCAUUAAAAAGGCAAAUAUGCAAAGGUUCUCUUUGUUCACCAACUUGGGCCGUCAAGGAACGCAAACUUUCAUGCUUAAUCCUCCUCAGGAGCACCUUGUACAAAAUUAUUUUCAUCCAGAUCAUAUGUCUUCAGGUGAGAAAAUGAAGUUGGAACUAAAGAAGGUUAGAGAUGAAUUUAAGAUGUCGGAGAACGAUUGUGGAUCUACUAGAGUACAAAUUGCUCAGCUCACAACCAAAAUCAAGCAUCUAUCAUCAGUUCUACAUAAGAAGGACAAGCAUUCUCGAAAAGGGCUCAAUGAAAUGGUUCAACAUAGGAAGAAACUGCUUAAGUAUCUUCGGAGAACAGACUGGGAUUCCUACUGCCUUGUUCUCUCCAGGCUUGGUCUCAGGGACAUUCCAGAUUACAAGAUUCCUGAGUACAAGAGUUAAUUAUUUCUUUCUCUUCUCUGCAAGGUAUGCUGCCUAUACCAAAUGUUCCUCGCUGUUAGGUGCUUUUGCAGUGAUUUGUUUUUCAGCGAUCUGAUACUGUUUUAAUCAUUAUUACAGAUCAUAAAUUGUUUUCUUAUUGAAAUCAUCACAUGAGCUUUAUUC